UCGAAACAAAGACGUUCUAUAACCGAAAAAUUCGUACACCAUGCUCUCUCCCCUUCCCAUCUCCAACUCUCUCCCCGGUUAUUCAAUUUCUCCUCCGUCAACUCCUCGUGUCAGACUCCGGCCAACUCUCGCUGCCUCCUCCGCCACCGCCACUUUUACUUCAAACCAACAAAAAGCUUCGACUUCGAGCGGUUAUCUUAGCCGUCCAGGAAUGGCAUCUUGCACGUCGUUGUACGAGGUGCUAGGGAUUUCUGUCGGCGCUUCGAGCCAAGAAAUCAAGGCCGCGUACCGCCGAUUGGCGCGGGUUUUUCAUCCCGACGUGGUGGCAAUCGAUCUGAAAGACUCAUCGGCCGACGAAUUCAUGAAGAUCCAUGCGGCCUACAGCACUUUAUCGGAUCCCGAGAAACGAGCGGUAUAUGAUAGUAAGCUUACCUGGAGAUGCCAAAGGCCGUUGACUUUGGAUUCAAGUUUUUCAGGCUAUACGGGGAGGAGCUGGGAAACCGAUCAGUGCUGGUAAAUGUGUUGACUCACUUCAUCAUGGUACCGAGUUGGAGGUUGAUCUCAUCUGCGAUGUUUUUCAAUACUAACGAAAAAAAAACCAAAAUGAAUGAAGGGUGGGUUUUGCUAGAGAAAUCAGAGCCGUUGAGUUAGAGCUCUGCUCUUUUUUUUCGCCUU